AAUAUAUAGUUAAAGCUGUGCGAGUAUAGUCUUUGAUCGAGACAAAUAACUCGAUCAUGUUCCUACGGGAGCGGUGCUCGUCGUCCACAUUUCAUCUAUUUUUACGUAUAUCUAAACGGUGAUAUGCAUAAUAUAUAUUAUCGCAAGAUGAAUACCACCACCAUUCGACUGAUGUGUUAACGAUCAUGUGAGUCGUCGUUCGCCUGAUGACAAAGAAAAAACACAAUUAUUAUUAUACAUAAUUAUAUCCUAUCUGUUUUUUGUUGUUCUUGUCUUCAUUCUUAUUCUCAUUGAGUUCUUUUUUUCUUUUCUUCUUCUUCUUCUUCGAUGAGAUUUUUCGAUACACGCACGCAUACACACAUCGUGUACGAUGUCGUCGUCCUUUUUACUGUAUUAUCUUUGAAAUACGACUAUAAGGCAACAAUACCAAAGGAUAGAAAACAAAACUAAGAAAACGAAGGAAGAAAAAAAGGAGAGGAUAAUCAAAGGAAAUUCUAUCGUCAUGUACGUCGAAAACUGCUGCUGCUACUACACCACGUUUAUUCUGAUUUUGCGUGAUCACGCACGGUGAUACGAGGAAGUGGAUAUACAUAUAUAUGAGACUAACAGGCAUGCAUCGAGCAUGCAAUGCUGUUCAGUUAACGGGGAGGUAUACGUGUUGCUCUCUAGGCGCAACAUGCACCUUUCCCUGCACCUGCCAACGCAUCGGCAGCAACAACAACAACAACAACAGUUACAACAAAGGCUGCUCUUACACUAACGGUAUACACAUAGAGAAGAAAACGAGCAAGAUUUCAACAACGUUCAUUGGAAUAUCGGACACUCCCACGUUCGAUGAAUUAUCUACGAUUAUGAUUGUCGAAUUCAAUGCCACUAAGAAGAUUUCCAGAAAUCGUGGGAUGUAGUUGACCCCCUGCUGCCUUUCCAGCCGGAGAGAAAGAGAGAGAGAGAGAGAGAGAGAGAGGGAGGAAGGAAGGGAGAGGAGGGGGGAAGAGAGAGAGAGAGAGAGAGAAAGAGAGAGAAAGGAAGAAAGAGAGUGUGACAAAUAUCGAAAGGAAGACAAAAUUUGUCAAAGUGGCAAUAAAAAUAAAACACCGUGAAUGUAGAGAGGAAGGUGAAGAAAAAGAAAAACAACAACAAAAAUAGUAGAAGAAGAAAAAGAAAAAAGAGAAGUAAAGUAAAAUAUAAUAAAGAAAAAUAAAUCGCGCGUGUAAGAAAGAAAGAAGGAAUAAAGGAACACACGGCGUGAGAUAUAAUAAACGUUAAGAAGAAAAAAUAAAAAUAUAAAAUAAAACGCGUGUUGUGUGCGCGGGGCACGUAAUUGCGGAAAAAGUUGUUAAAAAAGAAAAAAAAAAUUGGCGCGUAUGCGUGCAUGAUAAGAGCUUGGACUCUCGCGAGAGAGAGAGAGAGAGAGAGAGAGAGAGAGAGGAGGGUUGGCUGGAAAGGUGGAGAGGUGUAAAAAGAAGAAAAAAAAACGAUAAGAAAAGGUAGAAUAAAGCUGGCAGCAAGCAGGCUGGAGGGUAAAAACGUGCUACCUUCUCUUUGCCAACGACUCGAACUGGAUCUCGAAAAAAGUGAAUCCAAUUGGAGUGAAAGAGAAAGAAGAUUAGAAAGAAAAGAAAUAGGAAGUGAGGAACGGUUAGAGAAAGGUGGUAGAAAAGAAGCCGGAGGAAUUAAAAGGAGAAAAAGAAGGAGGAGAAGAAGAAAAGGUGUAAGAAAAUUCAAGAACAUCGAACUGCUAUCGGUGGUUGCUUCUUAUUGGCCAACGGAGAACUUCGAGUGUCGAGUAUCGAACAUCGAGGGUUGAUGCGCGUCCACGAGUGACAUAGUGCUCGUGCGGGAGAGUCCAACAGACAUGAAUAUAACUUGGGCGCCGGAAAUACCCAGCAACGACAGCUACAACUCUAGCAACGGUCUUGAUUGCGGUGGUGAACCGUAUCAAUAUGGGAUAUGGGAAAGAGUUGGUAUAGUGAUGGUCGCGAUCGUUCUCAGUUUCGUUACGGUGGUCGGCAACAUUAUGGUUAUGAUAUCGUUUAAAAUCGACAAACAACUACAAACGAUAUCGAAUUAUUUUCUAUUCAGUCUCGCGGUAGCCGAUUUCGCAAUAGGUCUCAUUUCGAUGCCCCUAUUCACGGUUUACACCGUGUUAGGGUAUUGGCCAUUAGGUCCCCACGUUUGUGACACGUGGCUUGCACUCGAUUAUCUAGCGAGCAACGCGUCAGUACUCAAUCUUCUAAUCAUCAGCUUCGAUAGAUACUUCUCGGUAACAAGACCGCUUACAUACAGAGCAAAGAGGACGACCUUCAAAGCUGCCUUUAUGAUAGGAUGCGCGUGGGGUAUUUCUUUACUUCUUUGGCCACCUUGGAUUUAUGCUUGGCCUUACAUCGAGGGUCAGAGAACUGUGCCAAUCAAUGCCUGUUACAUUCAGUUCAUCGAAACGAAUCAUUAUAUCACAGUCGGCACGGCAAUCGCUGCAUUUUAUGUGCCAGUCACCGUGAUGAGUGCCCUUUAUUGGAGAAUAUGGAAGGAAACGAAGAAAAGGCAGAGGGAUUUACCGAAUCUUCAAGCCGGGAAACAGGAUGCAAGCAAACGCAGUAACUCCAGGUUUGACGAGGCCUUAGAUAUGGAAGAAUGCAAGAGACCUCGAAGUGAGUCUAGUACAGGUGCUGAUGACGUACACGCUCAACAUCUAGCUGCUUCUUACAUCGAGAAACAUUAUCCUGAAUACGCUGGUAAACACAGGCCAUUUUCGUGGACGUGGCUGAAAUUAUGGUGCAUUGCGUGGUGGCACAGUGGUCGUGAAGACGAAGAGGAGGACGAAGAGAUUGGUGGACCGGAAAGCAGUCGCACCCUUCAUGGUAACGAGGACACAUUGACGCCACUUUCAGCGGAAACGCCAUUGACUAGCACGGUUUCGAGAUGUGAUUCGCUAAGUGGUAUGCAUUCGACGACGACGACAUUGGCUAUGGAAAGGUCGACUGGCAUCACUGAACACGCGGAUUCAAAAAGGUCCGCUCGUGUCCGGGAACUUUCGACCAAAAGCAUCUCUAGCGAUUCCGUAUACACGAUCGUGAUAAAUCUUCCAACGAGGGAGAGUAAUGGCGGUAGCAAGUACACCGAAGUACGGCCAAGUAUAAAGAUGUACCACGAGGAUUCGGUGACAUUUCAGUUGCACAGUACGAUCGAAGAUGAGGAAACAUUGGCAAGUCCUUCCUCGGUGAUUAGGCGACCCUCGCAGAUGCCAGAUAUAAGGAUACCAUUGAACGCUAAAAAUAUACCAAAGACAGUACCACCCAGUAAGGGUAUAUUGAAUAAAAAUAAACCAAAUCAAAAGAAAAAGAAGAAAAUUCAAGAGAAAAAGGCAGACAGUAAAGCAGCUAAAACAUUAUCUGCGAUACUUUUAGCGUUCAUAAUAACGUGGACACCGUAUAACAUACUCGUCCUCCUUAAAUCAAUCACCGCCUGCACCUGGUAUAUACCACAACAAUUGUGGGACUUUGUCUAUUACCUUUGCUACAUCAACAGUACUGUGAAUCCAAUGUGCUACGCUUUGUGUAACGCGGCCUUCAGGAGGACCUACAUGAGAAUCCUCGAGUGCAAGUGGCACAGUAGAAACAGAACUGCGGUCGAUAGAGGAUGAUGUCAGUAAAUACGAGUGCUUCGACAACAACAACAAUAAUAAUAACAACUAAAAUAACUCCCCCUUCUCCCUUAGAAAAUAAUUUCAAAACAACCAAAGUAGAAAGAAAAAGAUAAACCAAUCGUCCCCUCCCCGAUUACCCAAAACCUUCUCUCCCAAAAAAAAAAAUUCCGUCAUUCUUAUACCACUCGUUCGAGAAUCUUCUUUCUUUUCUCGUUCAAAAAGAACAAAAAGAACAAAAAAUUGAAACGAAAGGAGAAACAAGAAAGAAAAGAGUUUUACAUCGAAGCACCGUACCGUUCUUAUUAUUUCCCCCACACCCCACCCCCCGCCCCAACCACCACCCCAAAACCAAUCCCAUUCAAUUCAUAUAAACCUUUAACCCCAGCCCAUACCGAGUAACUAGUCCGCGAAAAAAAGGAUCUUUUUUUAUUGUACGUGUUGUUUCUCUUUGAGCGCACGAAGUCGAACAAGGAAAUCGAGCUGCUUGAUAAUUUCGGAGUCCCUUAUGGUGUUGCCUUCUCUCGAGCCUUAAGAAAAUCAUUAAGAAAAUUUCAAAACGAUUUGAAUGAAUUAAAUAUAAAGAAAGAAAGAGAGAGAGAGAGAGAGAGAGAGAGAGAGAGAGAAAUUAAAAAAAAGAAAUAAGUCGUAUUAAUUAAAGAAAAGGAGAAAAUGUACUCGGAACUUCUUUCUCUUACUUUUUUAUAUGAGAACGAUCGGCGAACUAAAUGAUGCUCGCAAGCAGAAAAAAAAAAGAAGAAGAAGAAAAAAAAAAAGUGAAAUAAUAUAAAAUAAGAAAAAUUUGGACAAAGAGAAGUUGUUCCUGUCGCGUGUAUAUCCUGUGUAUAUACUAAAUUUAUCAUAAUAAAUUUUAAAAGGCUCCGAAAACGAAAAAAAAAAAAAAAAAGAAAAAAAAAGCAGCGAACAAAAACUAAACUAAUCUCGAAUGAUAUAAGAAAAAUAAGAGAAUUAAUUAAUUAAAUUAAUUAAUUAAUUAAUAUAAAAUAAAUAAAAAGGACGUAACUGCGCAGCACGAUUUCCGAGUUUUGAAAGUAACGCUAAUCGUGGAUACUGCCAUGGACUUUUAAUUAUAUUUUAUUAGAGUACCUCCUUGUGCCGUGCGAAAGGCAAGGUAUUCAAAUUAUUAAACGUAAAUACACUUACACACACGCACACAUUUACACAAAGGUUAUAUUAAACCAUAAACCAGUGGUUCCCAAAAAUCUCGAAAAUCCUACUCCCUUUUCAAACCCUUUUAACAAAUAAUUCCUUAUUAUUCGAAAAAUUUAUUUAAAACGAGCUUACAAAGAACAUGUGGCAUUCGUGAAACAAAACAAAAAGACAAUUUAAAACAAGACAAAAGUUAGGAACAACAAAAAUUCAUUGUUAAUAUAACUCAUUCCCGAAUUAUUAAAAAAUUAAAUUGUCCUUCACCUGUGUGUGGGGCGUGUUCUCACAAAUUGGGAACCACAUAUAAACACAUUAACAUAUUCAUGCAAAGUACGAAUAUUCGACGCGUGUAAAACCCACGCAUUUUACACUCCAGUCAAAUCACACACACACAAACACUUACAUAUAAAUAAGUAUAUACAUAUACGGUACUGAUUUCAUUCCAAAAUCAGUCCGAAACGUCCCGCUAAUCUUGGCCGGUUUAUCCAAAUAAAUCGAAAAAGAAAAAAAAAAAACAGAAAAUAUAAAAAGGGAAAUAAUAGAAGUUUAACAAAAAAGAGAAAUAUAUAUAUAAAAAAAAAAAAUACAAAUAAAAUAAAGAAAAAGUUAUGUAUGGGUCCUCGAGCAAACGUAUUUGUAUAUUCCGAGAGAAUCUUGAGGAAUUAAA